AACUAAUAAUCUCAAUCUCCAUGAAUCCUUCCAUCCCGCGCUCCCCCUCCCCCAAACCUAAAUUUAUCUUUCACUGAUCGAUUCUCAAUCAGGACAUUUGGGAACAAGAAUGGAUUCAGAAACUGCUGAUUCAUCACUGCCACCUGUUAAAUCUCCUGAUACACAACCACCUCCUCAUGAUCCUGUGCCCGGGAAUUCUGCAAGUGAUGCGACAUCAAAACUAUCUGCAGCUGGCAUAACAUCAUGGGCCAAAAGUUUGAAAAUCCCCCAGCCAUUGACUUCCUCGCCAGAUGACUCACCUACUGGAAAUGCUGGAAAAUCAACCUUUGCACGUUUUACUAGUGGGUUUGGACUGCGCAUGUCUCCUAAAUCCCCUGCAGCAGAUGAUAGUCCUGAAGGAACUUCAUCAACUUCACAACCUGGUAUAUUUGGAACAAUUACUAAGGGUUUAGUUGAUACUUCCAAGAAUGCAGUGAAGGCAGUACAGGUCAAAGCUCGGCAUGCUGUCUCUCAAAACAAGCGAAGAUAUCAGGAAGGAGGUUUUGAUUUGGAUAUGACAUAUAUCACUGAGAAUAUAAUUGCUAUGGGAUUUCCUGCUGGUAACAUGAGCUCUGGGUUUUUUGGUUAUGUGGAGGGGUUCUAUCGAAACCACAUGGAAGAAGUUAUCAAGUUUUUUGAGACCCAUCACAAGGACAAGUAUAAAGUGUACAAUCUUUGUUCUGAAAGGCUGUAUGAUGCAUCACUGUUUGAAGGAAAGGUGGCUAGUUUUCCAUUUGAUGACCACAAUUGCCCCCCAACACAGCUGAUAAUAUCAUUUUGUCAAAGUGCUUAUUUGUGGUUAAAGGAGGAUAUUGAGAAUGUUGUUGUUGUGCACUGUAAGGCUGGAAUGGCAAGGACAGGGCUGAUGAUUUCUUGCCUUCUUCUGUACUUAAAGUUCUUCCCUACCGCGGAGGAGUCUAUUGACUAUUACAACCAGAAGAGAUGUUUUGAUGCGAAGGGGCUUGUUCUGCCCAGCCAAAUUAGAUAUGUAAAAUAUUUUGAGCGUAUCUUAACAUACUUCAAUGGAGAAAACCAGCCAGGGCGUAGGAGCAUGCUCAGGGGAUUUCGGCUUCACAGGUGCCCAUAUUGGAUCAGGCCAUCUAUUACCAUCUCUGAUCAUAAUGGUAUUCUCUUCUCCUCAAAAAAGCAUCCCAGAACGAAGGAUUUGCCGCCCGAAGAUUAUUGGUUUAGUGCUCCCAAGAAAGGAGUUAUGGUCUUUACUUUGCCAGGAGAGCCUGGUCUGACGGAGGUGUCUGGAGACUUCAAAGUUCAUUUUCAUGACCGCCAAGGGGAUUUUUACUUUUGGUUGAACACGACAUUUAUGGAGAAUAGACAAAUUUUGAACACCAGCGAUAUUGAUGGGUUCAUUAAGAGGAAACUGCCUUCCCCAGGAUUUCAGGUUGAGGUUGUGCUGGUAGAUAAUGAUGGCUCUGUUUCAAGGGGGUCAAAUGCUGAAACUGAUGUGAAGAAGUCGGAUGAAGGUUCAAGUACUGCUCGUGCAUCAGUUGAAGCAGCUACAGCUGAACCAAACCAAAAUAAAGAUCCAGGAAGUAAUGAUAAAGAUGAUGUGUUCUCAGAUGGUGAGGCAGAUGAAUCAGUAUUUUCCAAACGAAAGCAGGCUCAAGCAUCCUCUGCAGGGGGACAAAGUGCUGCCACACCAGCUCCUAGUCCUGGAACUGAUAGUAAAUCAGAUCAAGUUGCAAGUUUAACCCAGGCAACUGAACAGUUUUCUCUGGGAAACAGGGGCUCCCAACAAUCACAUGCCACUAGUCAGCUGAAAAGUGAAGUUGUAGGUGGAACUGUCUCAAGCCUUGAGGCGAACAACUCCCAUAGUGAAUUCAAGGCAAUGGCUGCUGAUGCAUCCGUCUUUACCUUUGGAGAUGAUGAAGACUACGAAAGUGACUGAGCAAGGACGAGCGUUGAUGUCUUCCUGCAAGGAUCUGUACAUAAAUCAGUUUGCUAGGCAUACGUGUACCUGUUGGUGAUCAAUCCAUAUGUUUUGUCAAGUUUAUCUGGCCUGUUUUUUUGGUAAGUCGAAAGGCAGGCUGGAGGCGACAAUAAUUGUGCAUCAAUUAGUGGAAUUGUUUCAUUGUUUUUAUUGAAAAAAAAAAAAUAAUGUACUGCUCUGUACAUUAAUAAAUUUAAAUUAUCUGGAAAGAGUUGUAAGCUCAUUUGCUUUUGGUUCCUGCUUUAAA